GGAGUGACGCACUUCCUUUUCCCGGACGCUAUUUUGCCAGCGAUGUGCAGAGAAAUCCCUGAGAUUUUUUAAAUGAAAAUGACCGUUCAGGAGUUUGCGCAAGUAGUCCGUGGAUUUUGAGCAGUAGCCCAGUAAAUAAUGGUUAUGCUAUAAGCAUCAUAGAUCGGUUUAGUGGUAUAGCUAAGCGGGGUUCACAAGUUGCUAUUGUUAUCCGCUAUCUCCAGAAAACUUCCCUGUUCAGUGUCGAGGAGACCAGGCGGAGAGAGAUGAGCGAGCCCAGACGGGCCACCCGGCCGGCUCUGCCCAGAGUCACCCGCAGGGCCUCCGCCCAGGCCGGGCCGGCCGGGUCACCGGGGGCCCAGGCUGCUCCGGCGGGGGUAGGCCUCGCCCGGGACCUCAGCCUGAUGAGCGUGAGCGAGCUGGUGGGGACGCUGGAGGGGACGCCGGCGAGGAAAGGGAGGCCAGUGAAGGCUCCAGCGGCCCCCAGGCUGGGUGUGAAGACGGCCCCGUCCCGCGCAGGCCUGGGGCCCGUCGCCCAGCUGAUCGAGUCGGGGCGCUGCAGGAACAUUGUGGUGGUGGCGGGGGCCGGGAUCAGCACCCCCAGCGGCAUCCCCGACUUCAGGACCCCUGGGACGGGGCUGUACGCCAACCUGGAGCGCUACCACCUCCCGUACCCGGAGGCGCUGUUCAACAUCGACUACUUCUCCGACAACCCGCGGCCCUUCUUCUCCCUGGCCAAGGAGCUGUACCCGGGGCUGCACCGGCCCAACUACAUCCACUACUUCAUCCGCACCCUGCACCUGAGGGGCCUGCUGCUGCGGCUCUACACGCAGAACAUCGACGGGCUGGAGAAGAUGUGCGGAAUCCCAGAGGAGAAACUGGUGGAGGCUCAUGGGAGUUUUGCCACCGCCUCCUGUCACCUGUGCUACACCCCGUACCCAGCACAGGAGGCCAAGAAAGCCAUAAUGAACGACAGUGUCCCGACCUGCUCCUUCUGCCAAGGCACAGUCAAGCCUGACGUGGUGUUUUUCGGAGAGGACCUUCCCCAGAAAUACUUCCUGCACUCCACAGACUUCCCCAAAGCGGACCUCCUCAUUAUCAUGGGGACAUCUCUGCAGAUCGAGCCAUUCGCCAGCCUGGUGAACACGGUGCGGGCCUCCACGCCGCGGCUCCUGAUGAACAGGGACCCCGUGGGGCCCUUCCUGGCCCCUGCCCUACGCCGCAGGGACUACAUGGAGCUGGGGGACCUGGAGAACACCGUCAGGAGGCUCGCCCAAACGCUGGGCUGGGACGGCCAGAUCCAGGACCUCAUCUCUGCUCACCAGCACACGUUUACCCCUCAGGGCCCUGCUGUCCAGCUGUCCGAAAGUGGCCACGAGGGCGGGACCAGACCCGAGGAGCUGGGACCAAUCAGCGGCCAGGAAAGUGACUCCUCAGAGACGGACAGCCAGACCCCACCAUUCAGAGAACGCUCACAUUAGUCCACAUCCAGGAGGUGUCGCACAUCUGUACUGUAUAUAUAUUCAGCAAUAAUAUUCUUACUCUUUUUUUUGUAGCCUAUAUUUCUCCAUUUCAGGAUUGUUUAUGUUGAAUAUCAUACUACUCAAUGCAAACAUAUAAAAGCACUUAUAUUUAGCUCCUUUUUUUUUGAAUGACCUUUUCCUAAUAACCAUAGACUCGAUUUUUCCGUUGGCCAUGUUGUGUAGAUUCAGUGUGUGGAUAUGAACUCCUUAGAGGAAGAAACGUAAAGGAGACGCAGAAGAAUUACCCACAAUGCUUCAGACGGCUGCUUCACAAUGCUGCUAAAUGCUGGAUCAGCUAUGCAAAUGUAUAACAUACUUGAACAGGGUUUAUUUUUAUUUUUUUUGUUUCUGGAGGAAAAUGUAGUCUACAAACGCCCCCCACCCCCGCAAAUGUUCAUCCCCACUGUUUGCUUUCACAGGAUACGGCAGACAAGUGGGGGUGGGGGGAGGGGGUCCAAUAACUGUUCCUGUCCCCCAACAAAAGAGCCCAAUAUCCUGGCUGGGAUGCUUAGCUGGAGUGUGUUCAGUGGGGGAGGGGCCACUGGUUCGCUUUGUGCUGAAGUCUGGCAGCUCAACGUCGCAAAAUUGAAUUUUAAUUUUUGUGUUUGUAAUUGUUGGUUUGCCGUAUAAUGUCCAGUCAGUCAAGAUAUUUUGCAAACUGAUUUUAAGCGAAAUGACUAAAUUAUUUAAUAAAUGCUUCUUUCCGAAUUCCAAAAA